GGGAAUCUGGGAAACGCAAAGUCGCAAACAGUCGCGCAAAGGACGUAAUGAUCACUGAGGACUCUAGAAUGACAAGCGGCCGUGGCGACGCGACGAACGAGCCGACGGCGAGGCGGUGAACGUGCGAUAGAAGUCUGUCGCGAGAUCGGCGCCGAUCAACGCUGUCGUCGUGAAGGUGAACCACAUUCCGGCCAAAUCCCUCCUGUGUUCGACCGAAUGCCGAACGCCACCCACCCCGUACACGUUCGGUUUCGUGAAUAAAUUAUGAGCGUGGACAGCGAGAACAAGUCGAGCGAGGCGCGAACGAUCGCGCCGUACAGUGCGGAGAACGGCACCGACGGUGGUGUCGAGAGUGGUCCGGUGACGCCGGAGAUGGUGCUCCGAUUGCCCACCAUCACGGACAAAUAUCUCUGCUCUCCCGAGGCCAAUGUCUACGACAUAGACUUUACGAGAUUUCAGAUUAGGGAUCUAGAAACUGGCGCCGUACUGUUUGAGAUAACAAAGCCUCCUGCUAGUGAAUGUGAUGUUCAUCAAGAGCCGGAACCGGAUUGCGAAGAACUCGGAUCUGAGGAUGCAAACACGGGACGCUUUGUGCGGUAUCAAUUCACGCCGCAAUUUCUCAAGUUAAAGACAGUCGGAGCAACAAUCGAAUUUCUAGUAGGGCCUAAACCAAUCAAUAACUUUCGGAUGAUAGAACGGCACUUUUUCCGAGACAGAUUGCUGAAAACCUUCGAUUUUCAAUUUGGAUUUUGCAUACCAAACAGCAAGAACACAUGCGAACACAUUUAUGAGUUUCCAACAUUGCCUGCGGAUCUUGUUUCCGAAAUGAUCGCGAAUCCAUUCGAGACGCGAUCAGAUUCAUUUUAUUUCGUCGACAAUCAGCUUGUGAUGCACAAUAAGGCCGACUACGCAUACAACGGUGGGCAUACAACGCACGACGUAUUAUAAUGUGCGGUUUGUUGAUUAGUAUAUAUAUAUAUAUAUAUAUAUAUUGCAAGUGAUAUAUAGAAUUAUAAAAGUAUAUCACAGUUACAUGUUACUGCGGCAACGAGAUGAUCGGUCUGCACAUUCGGCUAGCGUUUGACACUUUAUAUUGUUUUUCGGCACAAAAACGAGCUUAAAAAUUUAUCCGCGGAUCGGCACCGAUUCCCGAACACGCUAAUAUUGUUGUAAUGGAAACGCUUUCAUCUAAAGCUACACUUGAUUUCUCGACAAAUUGAACAGUUCCUAUUUUUCUUUAGUACAAAAAAGAACGGUUAUUUAUUUAUAAAUUAUAUCAUUUAUAAUUAUUAUCAAAUCAAAGUGAUAUUUAGUUUUAUAGACUGUUUUAAUGGCGCCUGUUCUUACGCGAUAUAUUCGCUAGCGGCGAGUAUCGUUAUUCAAAGCACAUGUAGCACAUUGACACACGUGGCCUCUGAGUGGAAUUACAUCUGGUUCCACGAGCUUUUCUAACAUUUUAAGUAACAGCCUACACAAUCCCUACACAACAUGUGGGACAAUAUGUGCGAUGGAGGGCAAACUGAAUUAGGAAUUGCGUCUUUCAACGCUCAACGGCGCUUUUAUGCCGCAAUUAACUUACAGUUUCUUUCCACUCUCUUACACGACUACUAUUGUUUGAAUACUUUUCACAUUAUUCUAUAAUAUUGUGGAGUUUAUCCAAAAUACACGUAUAUAUUUACAAAGGA